AUGGUUAUAUCUAAGGCCCUGAAAUCUUUUGCCAACCACGGCAAUCACAGUCCUAAUGUUAGUACUUAUAGUGAAGCCAAUGGAAGUGCUGGCAGUAAUGUUAAUCCUUCGGUGAGAACCUGUUCUCAAGGCCAGGCGCUUGAUACCGAUGAUAUUGAUGAGAAUGAUGAAUCUGGUCAAAAUAUACUCCUAAGUAUUAUAUCACAAUUGAAACCCGGUUCUGAUUUAACGAGGAUCACGUUACCAACAUUUAUUCUUGAGAAGAAAUCAAUGCUUGAAAGGAUAACUAAUCAGUUACAGUGUCCGGAAUAUAUUCUGGAUGCGCAUGCCGAGUUGGAAGAGUUGCAGAGGUUUGUUAAAGUUGUAAGGUGGUAUUUGGCCGGUUGGCAUAUUGCUCCUAAAGCUGUUAAGAAGCCAUUGAAUCCUGUUCUUGGUGAGUUUUUCACCGCAUAUUGGGACUUGCCUAAUAAGCAACAGGCGUUUUAUAUUGCGGAACAAACCAGCCACCACCCGCCUAAGUCGUCUUAUUUCUAUAUGAUACCGGAAUCAAAUAUUCGAGUUGAUGGUAUGACUAUACCAAGAUCUAAAUUUCUAGGUAAUUCAACAGCUGCAAUCAUGGAGGGGUUGUCUGUUUUGCAGUUUUUGGAUAUAAUUGACCCAGAAACUGGUAAGCCAGAAAGAUAUACCCUUACCCAACCGAAUAUGUAUGCCCGUGGUAUACUAUUUGGAAAGAUGAGGCUUGAACUAGGCGACCACAUGAUAAUCAAGGGCCCAAAGUACCAAGUAGAUAUUGAGUUUAAAACGAAAGGGUUUAUUUCAGGAACAUAUGAUGCUAUUGAGGGUGUGAUAAAAGAUUACAAAGGGAAAAGCUACUAUGAAAUAACCGGUAAAUGGAAUGAUAUAAUGUAUAUUAAAGACUUAAGGACUAAGCAUUGUGCUCCAACAGUUUUCAUUGAUGUCCAUCGUGAUACUCCGCUCAAGCCGCAAGUUCGUCCACUGGAAGAACAAGGUGCGUUGGAAUCCAGAAGGUUAUGGAAAAAAGUCACAGAUGCAUUGUCUUUGCGUGAUCAUAAGGUGGCUACUGAUGAGAAAUUUUUAAUUGAGAACCACCAACGAACGUUAGCUAAAAAGAGGAUCGAGGAGGGCGUAGAAUUUCACCCCAAAUUGUUUAGGCCUUCCAAGCCGGGUGAAGAUUUAGAGUUCUAUAUUUACAAAAAUAUUCCAGUUGGUAGAGACCACGAAGCCCAGAUUAGGUCCAUUUUGGAAAUUGCCCCAAUUUUACCUGGUCAAAAGUUUACAGAAAAGUUUGGCAUACCCGCCUAUGAGAAGCACGAGCUACAGAAAGGGCAGGCUCUUUGA